AGUGAAAUGAAACAUUCAUUGAAACGACCCAAAGCAGAGCUUCUCAAAGCCGUCCCCAUCGUUGGUUCUUCUGUUUUUUUGUUUCUUCCUUUUUAACUGUGAAACCCUAACAUUUUCUUUCACACUUCUUGAUGGUUAGUCACAGUGAUAAAAUGCCUGAAGAUGACGUGGUGUACUCUGACAUUAAGUUCACAAAAUCCGAGGAAAAGGCUACAUGUUACCGGCUGCAAGCAGGGUCAAAUGGAGGGUCAAAGGUCACGUGGGAGAGGGCGGCCAUCGCAGUCCUCAGUGCCCUCCUGACUGCUGCUGUCAUCGCUCUCGUCUGUACCUCGUAUAAAAACCUUCAAACCAUGGAAUAUCUCCAACAGCUGACAGCGCUGAACAAAAAUCUCUCAGAGAGACGCUGUGAAGUAAAAACACACAAUACAAUGCAGGAAGUCUUCCCAGGCAGCCCUGUUGUCAAUGCGACUGAGCCAUGUUCCAAAUGUCCACAAGGCUGGGAGCUCUUUGGAGGACGGUGCUACCGUUUCUCCACUCACAUUUCACCCUGGGAAAAGGCCAGAAAUGAAUGCCGAUCGCAAGGAGGAAAUCUGGUUCAGAUAGACAGCAGAAUGGAGCAGUCCUUCCUGAUGCAGAAAGUGAGCGAAAAGAUGAACAACCCUGAGGACAUGUUCUGGAUCGGACUGACAGACUCAGUGGAGGAGGGCAGGUGGUUGUGGGUGGAUGGCUCACCUCUGAACACCAGCUUGACAUUUUGGUACAACACAGAACCAGACAACUGGACAGAUGAAGACCCUGAUGGAGAGGACUGUGCGAGGAUGGGAGAGCAAGGACAACCAGGAUUUCUGAUGUGUUGGUUAGAUAAAUCCUGCAAAGUGCCUCACAGACAUAUUUGUGAGAAACAAGUAGAAACUGGACGGCUGAAGUGCGUCUGAAAUGUACAGUACUGUGCAAAUUUUUAGGUGUGAAUAAAUGCUCGAAAACAAGAAUGCUUUCCAAAAUAGAAAUGUUAAUAGUUUAUUAACUGAAACAGAAACAGCUGUGUAGGAGGCUUAAACAAAUUCUGCUACUACCAAGGUGAGGUUGCAGAACACCACGGCAAGACUGAGCACAGCAACAAGACACAAGCUAGUUAUACUGCAACAGCAAGGUCUUAGAGAUUUCAAAGCAGACUGGGGUUUCAUGUGCUGAACAUGUGCUGUUCAAGCUCUUUUGAAGAAGCACAAAGAAACGGCAACGUUGAAGAUAGUUGACGCAGUCGUCAGCCAAGGAAGCUUGAGACAAUGUAGACAAAGACACAUCGUGCUUACUUCCCGUUGAAAUCCGAAGAUGUCCAGCAGUGCCAUCAGCUCAGAACUGGCAGAAACCGGUGGGACCCAAUUACCCCCAUCUACUGUCCGAAGAAGUCUGGUCAGAAAUGAUCAGCAGCCAAAAAGCUGUACCUCAACGAAACAAAGCCAAGCAAUUCAAAUAUGCACAAAAACAUAGGAACUGGGGUGCAGAAAAAUGGCAGCAGGUGCUCUGGACUGAUGAGUCAAAGUUUGAAAUAUCUGGCUGUAGCAGAAGGCAGUUUGUUCGCAGAAGGGCUGGAGAGCAGUACAAUAAUGAGUGUCUACAGGCAACAGUGAAGCGUUAUGGAGGUUCCUUGCAAGUUUGGGGCUGCAUUUCUGUAAAUAGAGUUGGAGAUUUGGUCAGGAUUAAAGGUGUCCUCAAUGCUGAGAAAUACAGGCAGAUACUUAUCCAUCAUGCAUUAUCAUCAGGGAGGUGUAUGAUUGGCACCAAAUUUAUUCUGCAGCAGGCCAACGACCCCAAACAUACAGCCAACGUCAUUAAGAACCAUCUUCAGCGUAAAGAAGAACAAGAAGUCCUGUAGGUGAUGGUAUGGUCCCCACAGAGCUCUGAUCUCAAUAUCUUCGAGUCUGUCCGAGAUUACAUGAAGAACCAGAAGGAUUUGGGCCAGCCAACAUUCACAGAAGAUCUGUGGUUAGUUCACCAAGAUGUUUGGAACAACCUACCAGCCAAGUUCAUUCAAAAACUGUGUGCAAGUGGACCAAGAAGAACUGAUGCUGUUUGCUGUCAAAUCACCAAAUAUUGGUUUGAUUUAGAUUUCUUUUCUGUUCAUUCAAAUUGCAUUUUGUUCAUUGAUAAAGAUAAACCAUUAACACUUCUAUUUUUCAAAGCAUUCUUACUUUACAGCAUAUUUCCACACCUGCCUAAAACUUUAACACAGUACUGUAGUUUAGCUAAAGUCUCGUUCAACCUGCUAAACAAUCUCAUCUACUAGAUGAGGUGUAGCUGAGUUAUUUUUAUGCACCAGUGACGGGUUGUUGUCUGAUCAGACAGGCAGGCGGACAAAGGUAAUUCAUCUCGUUUCGUUGUUUAUUCCCGGGGGAAGCCGUGGGUUCUGAGGGGAACAGGGUUCAUUUCAUCCUUUUUUUUGUGUUGCUGGUGUUGUUUGUUUAUCGUGUUUAAUUUCAUUAUUAAUUACAAGCAUUAUUCGUUAUUAAUAACGAACAGGGAUGGCUGAUACGGAGCCUCGUAUGAGUGGAUUGAGUGCUCAGUGAUCUAUUGGUGAUGCCUUAGGGCUCGGGUAGGAGGGGCCGCGCUCCGUUUCUCACUCAAUACAGCGAGUGAACGAAAGAGUUGCGUGUUUUUCCUCAUUCUUACGCUACCAUUUCCCUACUGAAGGUAAGAACUGUACACUAAGCACUCUAAACUUCAUAAAAUAUGCUAGUAAUAGUUUGCUCCGUGCCAGCGCGACGUUAGCAGGAAGGGAUACUAGUUUGUGCUGUUUUAUCGUUGAAAGAGUUUUCUGUAGACCGAGAUAGUGUGCACAUGGCGGUGCGGCCAUAUUGUAUUACCAACUUUGUCGGUCAUGUAAUAAACUGGAAUGUGUUCAUAGUAAAUGGGUUGUAUGUAUGUCAUAACUCAAUACAGCGAGUGAACGAAAGAGCUGCGUGUUUUUCCUCACUCUUACACUACCAUUUCCCUAUUGAAGGGCACAACAUUUGGAGGCACCGCUGGGAUGUUUGAUUUGAGGACCACCCCCGAGCUAUAGUGGAAACCUCUCGUCGAUUAUCCCCCAAUACUACCCAGGCAUCGGAGAAGCGAGUUCAGCGAGGAGAUCAAAGCAGGUGGUCUACAGACAAAUUGGCAGCCUUCGUCCUGAAGUGAGCAAAUAUGACCACUAGGGAGCACCAAAGGACCAAUAAAGUCAACUAAACCCCUGUUUUACUGCUUAUGCUCGAUUCUCCGAUAAAAUGGAGUCUGAAUUUGAGAACCUGCAACUGGAAAUCAAAGGUGCACUGUACAAACUGACUGUAGAACAACUGAUUAAAGUAUACAACGCACUAAAGAUAUCGGGACCGGGAGAAGAACAAGUGACUGGCAAAACACGCAGCCAGUUGAUUGCACAUGUAAUAAUGUAUCUCCAACGGGAAGAACUGGCUGACUUAGAGGAUGAGGGUAUGUCAGACCUCCUUAAUGUACAGGACAUUAUAGAUAAAGUCCAAACGACAACCAACCAGAAUGAAGGGGAAACCCUGACCCAAACUGAUGACCAACAAAACUUACGAAAAGAGGUAGAGGCACUGAGAUUGUCAUUACAAGUUAAAGAGAAUGCCUUGUAUGGACUUGUGAGCACAAGUACAAAC